AUGACCGAGGAAAAAGCCCACGCACUCAUUGAGGCUUUCUUCCCUCCGUUGCCCAACAUUCCAGAUAAGCUGCAAGGGGAAGGCCAGCAACCAGGUGCUCUCCCGAUGGUGCCCGCCCUGUGGCUGGUCACCAAUAUCAACGUCCGCAAUGGCUUAGUGGGGAUACGCCUAGUUGUCUGCGUCAAACAAGUCGACAUUUUCUCGUCCAAAGGGACUGUCGGCAACGACGACGCGCUCAACGCUCACUACGCCCAAUUGGGAGCGGUGUUGGAGGCUGCCUCGUACAUCGGGACGAUGCUCCCUCGUUUCCAGAUGUCACUCUGGAAAAUACACACCACGAUCGUUGUGAGCAACCCUGCUGUCUUGCUGUCGCUCGCGAAUCCGCAUCUUCAGGGUGGGCAGGCUCUUAUAACCCAGAUUACCGCGGGGACCAGCGAAUUGCCGGACAUGGACUCUAAAAUCAACCUACGGCCGCUAGUGGAAGAGGUUGAAGAGAUUGCGACUCAAGCGCAUAUCCUUGCACGGGAUGCAACGAUGGAGAAUAAGGAAAUUGAUCCCCCACCGUGGGCGAAGGUCUAG